CACUUUGCUACUGCAGCCAUGGGCAAAUUGUGCCUGUUGCCUUUCUUGGCCGCGAUUAAGCCCGAACGGAGACCGGCAUACGUGUUUACAUGGUCCAACGUGUGUGAAGUUGGGUGCAAGGGCCCGCAAAAGUGGCUGUUGAAGGUGAUGCCCACGAAAGCGACUUGUCCAUAUUGAGACAAUGUGGGACACCAAGUGUGAGCCACACAUUAGCGGCCCCCGAAAGAAAAGAAACGUGAAGGUUGGAAAAGAGUGAACGGCUAAAAUGCGGGAUAGUCCAUGUCGCUGUGUAGGCUGCGGCAGCAGAUGCCUGCGUCAUCCGAUUGCUUCGCAAUGCAAGUUGCGCAUAUUUAACGGCGACUGUCGCUGCAAACAGGUGGGACCCUCUGUCCAAUCUGCUUGCGCCGCUGGUUGUCGCUCGUUACCAGACCGCCAUGUGCGACGACGACGGUGAGCCGUUUACGAGCUCGCGUCAAUGAUUCCAGCGUAUCUCGACAUGCAAAUUUUAUUUCUGCUAUUGCACGAGAAUGUACACUGCUUGUCUUCUGCCAAUAAACUCGCACGUUCUGUUCACUCGUGGCUUUUUUGUAUGGGCGUUAGUGGAGGCUCUUUGGCCUCCUGGCAAUUAGAACGCACCAGCUACGCCGCAGCCAAAGCAUUGAGGCAUGCCGCAUAGCCGGCAAAGCAAGCACGGCGCGUACCAGCGUACGCGACCGGCAAAAAGCGACCAUAUUGGAUUUUGCUCUCAAACAAAGAAAAGUGCGCUUCCGCUUCCGGAUUGAGCAGCGUCAUCUGGCGUCCACCUAAGUAAGUUCCAUGCGCUGCCGCUGCUUAUUUUCGAACCACUGCGGAAGGUACAGUUUCCCUUCUCUAAGUAGGUUUUUUAUUCUAUGAGUCGCCACUGAACGAGCGCAAGGCUAGGAGGUCGUCAUAUCAACGGAGAGACCACCUGUUAGGCGCGGCGCCGGCUCGGGAGCCACGGCACACGCGACGAGCGGCUCCCUUCUAGCUGCGGCGGGGAGCAAGCUCACGUCACGCGUCGUCAUAGCAACGGAGGGAGCUGACGUCAGGCCACCUGCCAAGGGCACUGCCGGCUCUGAUGGGACCUUCACACUGAGGAAUCCGGCGUCUACAGCGAAUGCAAUUCUCCUGCCGCCGAAAACGCGUAGUUCACACUGUUUGCGCACCGCGCCGCCGGAACGACAUACAGCGCCAUCUUCCCUAUGAAGUGCUAACCUCCAAUCAAGCGCUGUAUUUCCGGCAUGUUCGCGCGGCUCGAAACUGCGCAGUUGUCUCCGCUCGCGUCGAGUUGGUGUGUGAAGUUUCCGCGUCUCCACCAUUGCUUGGAAAGACAAUGAUGAACCCUGAGAAAGAGGAGGCAGUACUGCUAGGCCUGUUGGCAAGCACCUCUUUGGCGAUGCAUGACGCGCAGAAACAUUCGCUGAAGAGACGGCGGCAGCGGCGUUGGUGGGUUCGUCCAGCUCUGCAAGAGCGCGAACAGCUUGGUCACGCCACGCAAAUGCUACUCCUCCUGCGAGAUCGCGACGUGGAGUACUACAGAGAGUACCUGAGGAUGCCUCCACGUAUUUUCGACACGCUCGUGCAGCUCGUCGGACCCCAAAAUCGGAAGAAAGAUACGAAUUUCCGAAAAGCAAUCAGUCCCGAGCACCGGCUUGUGCAAAGUGUCAGAUUCUUGGCUGCAGGGGAAACGCUCCGGUCAUCUUGCUUCAGCUUCCUAAACGGACGCUCGACAGCCUGUGGCAUUUUGUCGUCGGUGUGCCAGGUUCUGUGGCACGUCCUUCGCCCUUUGUAUGUUGCCUGUCCAUCAAGUGCAGAUGAGUGGCUACGGAUUGCAAGUGAUUUCGAGGAGCGGUGGAACAUACCCCACUGCGUGGGCGCCUUUGAUGGAAAACAUGUUGCCAUCGAAUGUCCUUCCAAAUCAGGAAGUGAGGACCGCAACUACAAAAACUUUUUCGGUAAAUCUCUGCUUCCCAUCAGCGACGCCUGCUACAGACUUCUGUACGUAGAAAUAGGUCACCAUGGCAGCGACUCAGAUGGUGGUGUGUUCAGCCGAAGUAGGCUACAAGAGGUCAUUCUUUCCAACAAGCAAGGAUUCCCCCAUGAUGCACCAUUGGGCAACGUUGGCAAUAUUCCCGUCUACCUGGUGGGAGAAGUGUUUCCCCGUAAGACAUACAUGAUGCGGCCGUAUCCCAGGAAAAGCAAGUUUAACCUUUUCAUUACUGUGCAUACUCGGCAGCAUUGUUUUAAUUAUACUUACUUAAAACUGUUUAUUUUCCUAAUUCACAGAAAAAUGAACAGCUCAAAACACAUUGUGAUUGCAUUGCCCGUCAAACACCUGAUUGAAUAAGUUCACAGACAGUGCUUAUAGAAUGUGGGUACUUCAAAAAAGGAAUUGAGCUUCAUAUGAUCACAUAGACCUUGAAGGUGCAAUUUGCUCAGCAUCUUUGUCUUGCUGCAAAGGUGCUACCCCUUAGUGGAUGCGGUUUUCACUGGAUGUGUGCAUAUCGCCCUGUAAAUAUACAACAUACAAACGUGUGAGUUAGCAUAAUCGUAAUUUUUUUCCAAUAGAGUUGCCUGAAGCACUUCAUUGACAUAUUUCUACUUUUGUUUCGAAGGCCAUUUCUAUUCUUUUUCUCCUUUCCUGAGGAAGCAUUUUCUUCAUACAUAACCAAUACAGUAGUACAAAAGCAAGUAAAGAUGCCCAUACCGUGCUUCCGCCUUGUUGCUUGGACAUUGUCACUGCUGUUACAGAAAAUUUUGUUUUUGCAGCACAAUAUGUGCUUAACUUGUCAUGCAGGUAUUCACCCAUUUUUGCCUGCUAGCACAGAGGAGCAGCCAUUAGAAGGUGAUUCUUCAUCAAGCCACUUUGUCGAGACCCACAAAAAAAGAACCUUCAACUACCGUCUCAGCAGAGCCCGUCGUGCCACAGAGAAUGCCUUCGGCCUAAUGGCACAGAGGUGGCGCAUCUGCGCCGCCCGUUCAAUGCUAAGGACGAAAAUGUGAGGAUUAUCUCUGCUUGCGUAGUUCUGCACAACUUCCUGCUCAAAGAGUGGUCCACUUCCCUAUCCGAAUAUUGCCCUCGUGGAACAGCUGACCAUGUAGACUGGCAGGAAAGCAUCAGUGAAGGCAGCUGGGGGGCCGAGGACAGCAGCAACAAUGCACUGCCACCUCUGUAGCACAGGCUGUCACUCAACCAGAGCUGCCGACAAUAUGCGGGACGACCUUGCCAAGUAGUUCCUCACUGAUGGCCAGAUCCCUUGGCAAGAGUCCAUGAUCAUGGACAGAACGUUGUACAGUGGUGUCACGCAACGUGGCGACGAUCCUGCUCCAGAAAGCUUGUCCACGGAACUUGCAUCAUAAAUGGGAUCCUCCAGCUGGCUUGGCUCGAGGACCUCCGUGCUGCUUUCCCUGUUUGUGCUUUGUCGAUGCACGACUAAUGUUCUGUGUUGUGUCAUUCACCAAAAAAAGCACGCGAAACACUUUUGAACUUCAAAUAUUCCUCACAGCUUUGUAGAAUGUUGUUUCCAUGAAAUGAACAUGAACAGUUACUUUAUUAAAGCCACGCAAAAUUACGUAGGGCAACUUGAAAAAUAAGAUCUUUCAGUGGAAUUUUCCAAAUGAGUGCCAUGCAGUGAGGAAAAUACCUACUGAAGCCACAAUACAUUGAACUCAGUGCAAUUUCAGUGCAGUUAUUUGGUUCUGUUGACAUAUGAGUCCAUUUACCCUUUUAGGAGGAAAGACGAGCUAAUCUCGUGGAGCGCAUAAUUGCAAAGGAAGAUAAACCACGAGACUAGCUCGUUCAGUGCUUCGUUGUUAUCCGUGCAGAUAUGCAGAUACCUUCUUCCAGAAGGUAUGCAUGCGUUUUAUGCUUCUAUGUAAUAGCACAUAAUGCGAGGACCUGCUGAAGAGUAAUGUUCACAGUGCAGACUCCAUUUUGUUGCUUUGCAUCUCCAUGAAAAUGGGAUCUAAUGUGGUACAAGUGCGCGCUUCAAGUCGCGAUGAGAAGGAAACAAAAUGUGUGGAAUGUUUCCAGCCAGAGAGAUUGAAUUGGCCUUGGGCAACAAGGUCUGCCUUGUUAAACAUUAAAAAAUUAUCCUUUCAUAGUAUCCUACACCUUGCCGACAAACCUUCUGUGCUGAAAAGUAAACGUGGUUAUUGUUAGACUUUGUCCUCUUCAGCUGCAGGCGAUAUUGAACUGGCAUCAGACAACACGGGUGUGCAGUAAAAUCCCUUUUCAGUUGAGUGGAUAAUAUUUUGUUUCAAGUAAGCUAAACCGGUUUGACGAAAAGUUCCUGCACAUCGUUGCUUUUUAUCACCACUAAAAUUGUUUGCCCGGAUAGAAAAAAUUCGGGCUUCAUUGCAAGCUUUCUCUAUCUUUUUUUUUUUUUGUCCAAGUGCUGUGAGCCUUCCAACUUACCCUUCACGGCUCGGGAAAGCAAUAUUUGUGCAGAUGCUGAAAAAAUAUUUAAAAAGACAUGAUACUUACGUUUACCACGCCAUGGGUUACGCAAAUCAUUUCAUAGCCAACUUCGAAAAUAUGCUACUGUUAUUAUUCAUCAUGCAAAAGUCAUCUAGUAGUACUUCGCUAUUCAUUCGCGAUUGUUACUGCAUGUGUAGCUCAUCAGAGCCGUUGCUCAUUAAGUGUUUAUAUUAUGCAAAAGUGAGGACGUGGCCAACAUAUCAAUACGAAAUAUUAAGCUUUGCCAUCGCAUCAUGUGUGCAUGUUGCUCAGGAGCCCGAAAAGUAACUGCAUGACUAUUGACACAUGUUCACAUCGCCACUUAUAUGAAGGUUAUUCGUCAAUCUUUGCACAGUUACUUACAAUUCUUUCCUUUACUUGGUCACAAUGUUUAUUCUCUGUGCACACUGUGCCAUCACUUGUGUACUACUGUUGUACUUUUAUGCCAAGCCAUUCAUUUUUUCCUCCGUUGCAGUGCAUUCAAUAUGCGUUUUGCUCGCAAAUUAAUUGGCCAACUGUGUAUGUAAAAUAGAGACCAUUUUGUGUCUACAGGAUGUAUACAUGUGUUUUCUUUUGUUGUAAUUAUUUUGUUCAUAUCCUACUUGUAAUUGACUGAAAUUGAAGUAAUAAAAGUAGACCAAAACAGU